CUGACCAGGUUUGAAGGCAGCCACCAUGGGCCCCUGCUCAGAGCACAACCAGCCGUGCUGGGCCUCCAGUCUCCUGGGAUACAUCAGCCUCCUCCUCAGUGUCUGCCGUGCUGUGGCUGAGAGUUCUGGGGCACACGGCUCUGCGGUUAAGGACUCCGGAGCCCACGUUUCUCUGAAGGGGAUCCGAGGAGGUUCUGUCUUGUUUGAUGUGACCCAGAAGGCAGGAGCAGUUCUGGAAGCUGAGCUGGAUGAGCUCUACUGGAGCUUUACCCCGGAGUCAGAGUACAGAGUCAUGUUUCGAAUCCAGAGAGGCGUCCAUUCUCCAACCUGGUUCAGCCUCCAGGACAAAUUCAAGCAGAGGGUCCAGGUGCCCAACUUGGCCUCCCUGAAGAUUUCGAACCUGAGCCUUGAGGACAGUGGGCAUUACCGAGCUCAAGCCAGGUUAACGAAAGGAAGAGAAAUUAUGCAGUUUUUCCACCUUACUGUCUAUGAACCUGUGCCCCAUCCGCACAUCCUGGCUCAGUCACCAUUCAUCGCAGCAGGCUGGUGCAACGUCAUCCUGGAGUGCAGGGCCCCAGGGGCCACAAGGGACCUGAACGUGACAUGGGAGAGCAGGGGCCUCCCCCUGGAGCUGUGGCAGAGAGGGACACCAGGACCAGCCCUUGACUCCUGGACCCUGGCUGCAAGCCUACCCCUGAGUCAGCCCAAUGCCAGCUUCACCUGUGUGGUCAGCAAUCCCAUGGACCAGAAAACUGUCACCAGAGAUGUUGGGGACAUCUGUGCCCAAGAUUCACAUGGAUGGGACAUGGCUAGACUGCUGCCAGACAUGCUAAGGGCUACUGUGGUUUUGAUGUUGACCCUGGGAGUUAUAUCAUACCUUUGGAAGACAUGUGGCAAUAAGAAGAAGAUGGAAACAGAACGAGGCAGGUUGCACUUCUCCUUCCAGCCCCAGAUGCCUCCCCUUCUCCACUAGAACUUGGCCCCCUAUCUACUGACUAUGGCUGCCAAGAGAGACUCCUGCAGAUGGGAUGAUGGGUGUGGCAUGGCUUUGGUGCUCAUGGCAGUGGGAGGGAUACAGGUCUCCAAGGCACAGAUUUAAGGAUUGUCUGUGUGUGGCUCAGGUGUCCACUUGCAGGAGGAGCAGAGAGUUGAGGAUGGUGGCAUCCACUAUGAAGAGCUGAUAGAACAGGGGUCUCAGC